AUGGGCCAAGUUAGGGAAGCGGCGAAGAGUGCAAAUCUUGUUUGGUCUGGGUCUAUGAACUAAAGCGUGACUUUAACGAUAUAUACAGGGUUAAAAAAACAAGCCAUGCAAACGUCUCAUUAGCUUUAGCCAUUAGUUUCAUUCGAGUACUUAAAAAAGGACGCAGAGGAUGGUUAAUUAUUAACAUAAUCUUGACCAGGCAAUCAAUAACAACUUUUUUUUUUACUAAAGCCAGUGUAAUGUCCUUCUCUGAGAGUAUAAAUAGUGAACUCAUCAUUAAUCUCAUGAGACUUGAUUUGGUAAUUUAGCAUGUUUAAUGUGUGAUGUAAAAGCGCGAACCGGGAUGUUUCAGAGUUUUUGUCAAUAAAGGAAAUAAAAACACUAGUGAGAAAAUAUUUCAAGCUUCGACACCUUAAAAUUCAUCUUCAAGUCGAUGAGGGAUCAAUAAUCACUGAACCAACAUAAUGACCAUGGCGAGAAUCUCUCCUAGAUGUCAUGCAUUAGCUGUACGAGUCCGAUUAGACGUGGUAGGCUGGAGCUCGGUGAAAGCUGUCAUGCAAGUGAAGCUCUGAGCCCAGCGGAGAGCGAGGCUGUUGAGAACUGGGAACUGGUGAAUGGCAAUCUGUUGGUGAACUUACGCGGACGUCUGUCAGACAGCGACACGGGAGCCUUGCGUAAAACAAAGUGGAGCGCCUACAAGUCUGGACUAACCAACUCCGUAAAGAGGAUACACAAGUUGGGUCGGACGAACUGCUAAUCACUUGUUACCGGCGCUACGCUGUUAGUAACAUGCCUGCCAUCAAAAAGGAGAGACUGGAUGGGGAAGAUAUGGCAUUAGCUGCCUUCAACCAUCCCGAAUACCUGGCCCCUUUAAAUGCCACCGCUAUCCCCGUGGUGACCCCUCAUCCACCGCCGUACGACCACAUUUUCGCCCAUCAUCGCGCUUACUUGGGGCUACACGACACAGCACUGCAUCACCAGAGCCUCCACCACCACCCGGAUGACUUAAUGCUGGAGAGAUUCUCCUCCAUCCCGGACUUUCAGCCGUUUUUUGACAACGGGGAACCAUGUAUCGAAGUGGAAUGUGGGGAGAACAAGGCAUUACUCUAUAUUAACAAACUGUGUCAGGGCAGUAAGGGACCCUCAAUCAAAUAUCGGGGUGAGUGGCUAACCCCGAACGAGUUCCAGUUUGUGAGUGGACGGGAGACUGCAAAAGACUGGAAACGAAGUAUCAGGCACAAAGGGAAGAGCUUGAAGACCCUCAUGUCCAAAGGAAUCUUACAGGUACACCCUCCAAUCUGUGAUUGCCCUGGCUGUCGGAUUUCAUCACCAGUGAACCGUGGGCGUUUGGCAGAGAAGCGCACCGUCCCCCUCCCCCCAACCCGCAUCCCCAAGAAGGAGUUGGCCUCCAUCUUUAGCAGCGACGACAGCGAGGGGAGUGAGCGAGCUAGUGGGGACCAUGCCGACAUCAAGCAGGAGGACGACCUGCAGUACAGUAUCAUGAGAAAGAGUCGUGACAGUGACCUCUCAACGAUCAUCUCCAACCUGCACAACACCCGACAGCACGGCAUGCCCGAGGGCCAGCCCUGCGCCGACAUCAACAACCUUGGCCCCGGACAGGCAGAUGACAUUUUAGGCAAGAGGAGAGCAUAUUCACCCAACGGCAGCAGCGACUGCCCCUCUGAAAGCAAGAAGUCCCGAAGCGUGUCUCCCAAAGAGAACUCACACACCCCCGUCUUGGAGCCGGGCAGUCACAUGACCCCAGAGGAGCACUACCGGCGGAUGAUGUCAGCGCUAAACGAGCACGGCUCUUACGAGGAGCAGCAGCAGCGCCUCUAUCAGCUGGCCAACAACAUGCUGGUCCCCAGUCACGGAGAGCUGAUGCGGGUGCGUCAGGAGGCCAUGGCGGCCGUGAGGAACGCCGGGGCGAUGGAGGCCCACCUGCCCUCCAGCGGCAGCUCCUCCAGCCAGCGCCGCAAGCAGGGCCUGCCCCAGCAUCGAGACGCCCAUUUCAGCGAGAGAGAGAUGUCCCACCCUCCCCCGCUGCUGUCUCCUCAGAAUGCCCCUCACAUCGCCCUGGGCCCUCACCUUCGACCUCCAUUCCUGGGGAUGCCCUCUGCACUCUGCCAAGCUCCAGGGUAUGGCUUCCUCCAGCCAGCUCAGGCCGAGAUGUUUGCACGUCAGCAGGAGAUGCUUCGCAAACAGAACCUGGCCAGGUUAGAGAUGUCUGCAGAGCUGCUGCGACACAAGGAGCUGGAGAACCUGCACCGGCAGCGCCUGCUGUCGGACCCGCUGGGCCUGCACACUGGGCUGCCCCCCGACCACCCGGCCCUGCGCAGCCUGCAGGACAUCCCCGAGGGGCACCCGCUGCGCGACGAGCUCAACCGCCGCAGCGCCAUGCUGGUGCUGCGCCACAGCAACGCGCCGCUGCUCUCCCUCAACCACCACCACCACGGGGCCUCGCAGGCCGCCACGCCCUCCAAGGAGUCGUCGUCGGCUUCCGCCUCCGCCCGCAAGAGCUCCCGCAAAGGGGGACCGGGGCACAGGGGCGACAUGGUCAUAGGCGCCUUCGAUGCCAAAGAAAGUCGGCCGGAGAGCCGCGGGAGAGAUGCGGAGGCCGACGGCGGCGACGAGGAGAUGAAGGACUCGGACAGCGACGAGGAGGUGGCGGAGGAGAGGCCGGAGAGGGGCGCGGGGAAAUCCGACGGCCACGGGAUGGGAAACUCGGACAGGUGCCACCAGGGCAAAGACGGGGGCAAGUCGGGCGAUGCAGGCGUGAAGGAUCUUGGCGAAAGCUCGGGCAGGCUCAGCAUCCCUUGCAGCUCCGCAAGUCCCGAGUCGCCCAACCACCAUCUCUACACCCCGGUCCUGGGCAAGAGCGAAGCCAAGUACCUGCCUGCCGGACUGAUGCCCCCGCUGCCAACGCUGCCAGGCCAGACGCUGCCCUUCGGCUUCCCCUACGCCAGCCCUGCCUUCCACUCGGGCGCCAUGGGAGGUCUUUUCCUGGACGGGGAGGAGGCGGUGCCGCUGGAAGACAUCAGCAAGUGGACGGUGGAGGAGGUGUGCAGCUUCGUGGGCAGCCUUCCGGGCUGUGCCGAGUACACGCAGGUGUUCAGGGAACAGGCCAUUGACGGAGAGACUUUACCCCUGCUGACUGAGGAGCACCUGCUUAACAACAUGGGCCUGAAACUGGGCCCCGCCCUUAAGAUCCGCUCUCAGGUGGCGCGGCGCAUUGGCAGAAUAUUCUACAUGACCAGCUUCCCGCUGGCUCUCCCGCUGCCGCCAUCUGCACUGCGCCCCCCGGACAGAGACCCCCUGCCCAUGGAGCCCCGGCCCCCCUCCACCGGCAGCACCUCCUCCCCCUACAGCGGCCCCGCGGCGGGACGCGCCUCCCCCAAGCAGGAGAACGGAAGCGUGGUCUCAGCGGGAGCCUACGACUCCACCACCAAGCCCCCCUCGUAGAAGUGACCGCAAACCGCCCUCCCCCCUCCUCUUUCCUGGCAGUGGCUCAGUUUAGAAGUGGAGAAGGGGGUUUGGGGGGGGGGGGGGGGGGGGGGGUCGGUGACGGGAUGCUAGCAGACUGAGGACAGAGAGACUAAAUGAAGGGCCUUCAAGCUGUUUCUUCACUCUGUCUUACACACACUCUCUCAGAGCAAUCUUUUUUGCUUCCUCUUAAGAUUACAAACAUUGAGGACCUUUUUUGAUCACAGGCACUUAACAUUUGUGGAUACUGGACUAGGUGUUGAAUGAAACAGGAAAAAAACCCAAGACAAAACAAAAACGAUAAAGAACAAUCAAACUGAGCUACCCCGCACACCUCCACCUUCAACUGAACAGGCCAAAGGCAAAGACAUGGAGCUGGGAGCUGGAGAGGAAACAGGAAGUGAGAGAAAAUCAUUUUUCCUUGGGGGGGUGGGGGGGCACAAGAGGAGCAGACAGCUGGUCUCUCACAGCUUGCCAAAAAAAAUACAGAAUGCAACCCCCUUCUCUCACACACGCAGACAAAAACAGCAUUCUUCUAUGUCAGACAGACAGACAGAGUCAGACAGACUUUCGGAAAAGCGACCGAGGCUGGAUUCUUCAUGGUACCCAAAGCUUGCGGCACAGUCAAGUCAAAAAAUGAAAAAUAAAAAAAAAGUAGAGGAUGUAUCCUUGUUUCGCUUUCCCCAAUUUCCCAUCCAUUUUCACAAACUGACCUAUCUCAGAGAUGGGCCUCCUCAACGGCAGAAAGGAGCUCAACUCUGCGCUGAUGCAUCUAUGCAUUCCACAGUCCAAAAAAACCAAAGAUGAGCGGACGUGUGGAAUUUUUAGCUAGUGUCUAGUGUCCUUCUUUUCACGUUUUUUCUUUGGGGGCUUACUGGUGAUGAUCAUACUUGGUACAGUAUUGUUUUGGGAGUGAGAUGUGAGAAUAACAGUUUGGACUUCUUGUAGAAAAUGCAGAUGUAUGCUAAGCCGUCCUGAGACCAAAAGCCAUUGGCCUCUACUGAGGUUUUCUGUUCCCUAUCUUUCCUAAGUUCUCAUACAGGGCUCUUCUUUCUCCUUACUGGUCCCUGGGAUUCUUGUAUGGGCUAACUGGUAUGUGAUGGCUCAGGCCUUGGCUUUGGUUAGUGCUGAUGUCUAUGUAAGGUCACACUUACUACUGUGGGAGAGCAAGACAAUGCUGAAUUGUACAGUAAAAAUGCUUAAGAUGAAAAUAUACUGAAGGUUACAUAAGUGGUACUUCUCUGUUAAGUGUAGUUGCACGAAUUGCAUUUUCUUCAGUACUGAACGAAAUGUGACUUGCUGACUUGGUGGUACGUUUGUUCAAGCCUUUUUUGUUUCUGUUUGCUAUGUAUUCCAAUUGUAAUAUGAGCCCCACUUUUAAAAUGCGCAUUCAGCAUAUAAAUAUAAGGAAAAAGUAUUUAUAGGAAUUUUGUUGUAUGUAGUUAGAUUGACAGAAUUCAACAUGUAUAAAUAAAUCAUCCUUUUAAAUGGAUCCCAAAGAACAAUACUUUUUUCUCUUUGUUGCAGGGAAAUUAAAAGGCACAAAAGCUCUUUAUGCAAUUUAUUUUUUUUCUUUUUAAAAAUAUAUGUAAGCAAUGAAUUACAAUGGUCUCUAGAUUUCCCAUCAGUGUUUUUUUUUUUUGUCUUCAUCCUAUUUUUCUAUUCACCGCUGGGGUGAAAUAAAUCCUUAUGAAAAACUUC